GGUGGGUGGGUAUACCAAAGUUCAGGUGGGAUUUACAGUCUGCGCAACAAGCUGUUUCUUAUUGCCAAAAUCGACACUUGGAGGAGAAACACACCAAAUCAGGUUGCUAAAUGACUUGGGAGAUCACCGACUUAAUUUCACAUCCCCUAUGGAUGGUAUCAGCGCUCGUCCUGGCUGCGGUUACGCGAGCGCAGCGCAGAGGCUGGUGGCACCCGAGCGCAUGUCCAGUUCGGCUCACGGGCAAAACGGCUAUAGUCACCGGAGCAAACACAGGGAUAGGCAAGUUCAUUGCCUUGGACUUUGCUCGUCGUGGAGCAAGGGUGAUCCUGGCAUGUAGGAGUGAGACUCGUGGGAUGGCAGCACUAGAAGAGAUUCGCCAGUGCAGUGGAAAUCAGAACGUACACCUGCGAAUCAUCGACACCUCCUCCCUCGAAUCGGUUCGCAAGUUUGCUGCUCAGAUCCUUGAAGAGGAGAAAGAGCUUCAUAUACUAGUUAAUAAUGCCGGGGCUUCAGGCCUACCAAAGGGACUCACUGCAGAUGGACUGGAAUUGUCCUUCGCCACCAACCAUAUCGGGCCCUUCUUGCUCACCAAUCUGCUUCUAGAUCUCUUGAAGAAAUCGGCCCCAGCUCGCAUUGUGAACGUCUCCUCAGCUAACCACAAGAAAGGCAAGGUUGAUUUCUCGCAUUUCCGUGGUGAGAAUUUGUCGUACGCGAUGGACACCACAUACAACCACACAAAGCUUCACAAUGUUAUCUGGACCAAUGAGCUGGCGCGAAGGUUACGAGGAACAGGUGUGACAGCAAACUCGUUGCACCCAGGUAUUGUUAUGACAGACGUUAUGAGACACUAUAACUGGAUUUUACGAUUAAUCUUCAACCUAGUGGGAAUAUUCUUCUUUAAGUCUUCUAAAGAAGGUGCAGUCAGCACAAUAUACUGUGCCGUGGCGGAGGAGACCCAGGGAAUCUCAGGGAAAUAUUUUGACAGCGACUGCUCCCUUGUCCUACCAGCUCCAGAGGCUCGGGACCCAGCCAUUGGAGAAAAAGAAUUUGAAUACUGUGAGAGGCUGACAGCUAAGCUCUAAGCCGCAUAAACAUGACUUCAUGAUGAAGUUAGUAUCAUGAAUUAGUGCUUUGUAAAUACACUUAAACACAGGGCUGGCCCUGGCCAAUUUGCUGCCCUAGGCAAGAUUUCACCUGGUGCCCCUGGAAUCACAGACAAUUGUGUUCCGAUCAUUUUGUUCAUAAGCAGAAGUUCAUUACACAGAAACGAACUGCACAGCUUUGUCCUGUUUUUCUUUAUUUUGAAAAUAUUUUGGAAACACACACAAACUAUAUUAAAAAAACUAUAUUACGGA